AGGAGCGAUGGUGAAGACAUGAGCACAGCGAGCCGACGUCCAUGGAGUCGUCUUUUAACGCCGUAGAGCUCAGAGAGCUGCGGGGCGGGGUAGGCGGGCGGGGCGUGUCUCCGACUCCGCCCUCGUCCUCCUGGACAGCGAGCGCAGCGGGAUGCUCAGUCCGCGGGUUCGAGAACGCCUCCUACCAGCAGGACGAAGAGUACGACUACCAGCAGGGGGCGACCGUGUCUGCAGGAUGUCCGCCUUCUACUUCAGCGAACAGCAAGGUGGAGCAGCGUCAGGAGCUCUCUCCACGCUCAUACGAUGAGGAGGAUGGCGGUGGCGGCGGUCAGGAGGAAAGUCAGGACUUCACCGUAUAACCCCCCGACGAUCACUCUGCAGACUAUGGCUUCAUCUUCGCCCUAGUGUUCCUGGUGAGCGGGAUCGUCCUCGUGGUCAUCGCCUACACCAUCCCCCGAGAGGCCAAAGUGGACCCCAACUCGGUGUCUGCGCGUCAGAUGGAGAAGCUGGAGAUGUACUACGCCCAGCUGGGCGCGCACCUGGACAAGUGCAUCAUCGCGGGGCUGGGCCUGCUGACGCUGGGCGGGAUGUUCCUGUCCGUGCUGCUCAUGGUGUCCAUCUGCAGGGGCGAGAUGUACCGACGCAGGGCGGCGUUCGUCCGACCCAAGAGGACUUAUGGCUCCAUCAACCUGAGGAUGAAGCAGCUGGCGACGGGGGAGGACGAGGGAAGGGAGGGCGGGGAGGGCGGUGGGGAGUUUCAGGUUGAACACUCAGAGACAAGGAAUCAAACCCAGGCCGGACCGAGCAGGAACCCUCCUCCUGCUGCUGCUUCUUCUUCUUCUUCUUCUUCUUUAAAUGCUGCACACGGAGUCAUCUAAGCGUCCUCUACUUUCACUUUGCAGCCGCCCUCUGAGCAAGCUGUAACCAUGGGGGACGCAAAGCGAUGCAAGUCCCCCGUUUGUGCCGACUGGAGGAGCACGUGUCGAGCGCAAGUCUGCUGGAGCGAGUGUGAGGAUAUUUAUUCUGACCAAUCACAGACUGACUUAAAGAGGCAGAAGAAGAAGAAGAAGAAGAGAGGUAAGAAUGUGGCAGCGUGGGAACAGAGCACACUAAUGAGAUAAACACUAUAUCACAGUUUGAAUAUAUUAUGAAAGUGUUGAAGCACAUUGUGUGCGACGGCGCUGCACGCUGCUGCAGAAAAAACUUUAUUUAUGAAGUCAAAUGUUGAAAUGAUCUGUCACGCUCCUUACGUAGCUGUUAGAUUAAUGUGAUGACAUACUCCACCUGCUGCUGUGAAUAAGUCUAGAAAGCGUCUUUAUCGGGACAUCGACACAGAGAAACGUUGACGUGUGCUGGUCGCUCACACACGGAUAAACAUUCAGAACGAGAUAUUUCACUCCGGUGUGACGUUUAUGAGCUACAGCAUCUGAAAAUACAAACAUGGUUAAACCUUCCUGAGAGAGAUGGACUUUCAGUUUCUGCGAUCUGAUCUGUGCAAUAAAAAAACGAAACAACGAGUUUUUAAAAAGAAGCUUUUUAGCGUCUUUAAGCUCUUUGUUUCGGUUUCUUUUGAGUGGAGAAAGUCCAAGACUUCAUCUCG